UGGGUGAUCUAAGGAGUAAGCAGAGCUUGUGGAGCGGCUGAUGCCGGGGACAGAUCCGCGAAGACUUAGGAAGGAGACCAGCCAGAAAACCGAGAGCAACGGGAAGACUAACAACCCUACAAGCCGACAGCGGGCCUGCGAGGUCGAGACAGGCUCUCGGAAGGGCGGGGCCUGAGCCCCGGCUAGACGUUCUAGGGGUGGGCCGGGUUCCGGUUCAGUUUCCGGGGGGACGGCCGAGCGCGCAGGGGCGGAGCCGCGGGCGCAAAGGGGCGGGGCUCCAGCGUCGCGGGCUCCGGCGUCGCGGUCUCCGGUUCCUGCUAGCUGGCCGCAGGCGCCGAGCUCGGGAUCCGACUCGGGGAGGGAUGCAGGCGGGCGGAUUGGCCGACUCGCUUCUUUCCGGAGCUUGCGUGCUCUUCACUCUCGGCAUGUUCUCCACCGGCCUCUCGGACCUUAAGCACAUGCGGAUGACCCGGAGUGUGGACAGUGUCCAGUUCCUGCCCUUUCUCACCACGGAUGUCAACAACCUGAGCUGGCUGAGUUAUGGGGCCCUGAAGGGAAACUGGACGCUAAUCUUCGUCAACGCCGUGGGUGCUGUGCUUCAGACCCUGUAUAUCUUGGUGUAUCUGUACUACUGCCAUCGGAAGCAUGCUGUGCUCCUUCAGACUGCAACCCUGCUGGGGGUCCUUGUCCUGGGUUUUGGCUACUUUUGGCUCCUGGUGCCCGACACUGAGACCCGGCUUCAGCAGCUGGGCCUCUUCUGCAGUGUCUUCACCAUCAGUAUGUACCUCUCACCACUAGCUGACUUGGCCAAGGUCAUUCGUACUAAGUCAACCCAACGUCUCUCCUUUUCACUCACCAUUGCCACCCUCCUCACCUCUGCCUCCUGGACGUUCUAUGGGUUUCGACUAAAAGAUCCCUACAUUGUGAUGCCCAACUUUCCAGGAAUCCUCACCAGCUUCAUUCGCUUCUGGCUUUUCUGGAAGUACCCCCAGGAGCAAGACAGGAACUAUCAACUUCUACAAACCUGAAGGAGUUCACCUGACUACUGGGCACCUUAAUGCCAAUCUACUACCAAAGAAACCUUGUUUCAGCUCUUCCUGCUGGUCACCUCCACUGGUGAAGUGUGUUGUGGUAAAGGAAAAGAACUGCUUUGAGAACCCAGGGACUAAAGAAAGGGCUUUACUUAGAAGACUGGAUGGAAUCUGGGAGAUGAAUCACUUUUUUUUUUUCAAGAUUUUAUUUUUUAAUUUUGGAGGUCGGGGUGAAAUCUUUAGAAUGUGCCUUAAAAUAAACUGUUCCCUACCCCUUGCCCA